AGAGAGUCAAGAUGGCGGCGAAAUCCGAUGGCGGUGGCGUGGGGGUGGGCUUCGCCCAGCUGCACAACCUGGACGAGGCGGUGGGCAGCGGCGGCGAGGAGGACGGGGAGCCCGGGGGAGGCGGCUGCGGCGGCGGCGGCGACGGCAAUGAGCCCGGCGAGAGCAGCUCGCUGCACAUCUGCCACUGCUGCAACACCUCCUCGUGCUACUGGGGCUGCCGCUCCGCCUGCCUGCGCUCCCUCCUGGGCAAGAAGCCGCGCCGCAGCGCCGCCGCCGACGGGGGGGACCAGCCGCUGCAGCCGCCCGCGGCCGCCGGCCCCGAACCCCCGACGCCCUCGGCCGCGCGGCCGCAGCCCCCGCCGCCGCAGGUGGAGCGGCCGUGGCUCGACUGCCUGUGGAUCGUGCUGGCGCUGCUGGUCUUCUUCGGGGACGUGGGCACCGACCUGUGGCUGGCCCUCGACUACUACCGCAAGGGGGACUACGGCUUCUUCGGGCUGACCCUCUUCUUCGUGCUGGUGCCGUCGCUGCUGGUGCAGAGCCUGAGCUUCCGCUGGUUCGUGCAGGACUACACGGGCGGCGGGCUGGGCGCCGUGGAGGGGCUCAGCAGCCGGGGCCCCCCUAUGAUGGGGGCCGGCUACGGCCACGGCGCUGCCCGCGGCGGCCCGGGCGUGGGGGGCCCGGCCACGCCGGGGGCGCAGCGCCUGUGCCGCCUCUCCGUGUGGAUCUGGCAGUCGGUCAUCCACCUGCUGCAGAUGGGGCAGGUGUGGAGGUACAUCCGCACCAUGUACUUGGGGAUUCAGAGCCAGCGGCGGAAGGAACACCAGCGACGCUUCUACUGGGCUAUGAUGUACGAAUAUGCAGACGUCAACAUGUUGCGCCUCCUGGAGACGUUUCUGGAGAGCGCCCCCCAACUGGUGCUACAGCUCUGCAUAAUGAUCCAGAAGAACAGCGCCGAGACGCUGCCCUGUGUCUCCUCUGUGACUUCCCUGAUGUCCCUGGCUUGGGUGCUAGCCUCCUAUCACAAGCUGCUGCGGGACUCCAGGGAUGACAAGAAGAGUAUGAGCUACAGAGGGGCCCUCAUCCACCUCUUCUGGCGCCUCUUCACCAUCUCAUCCAGAGUUAUCUCUUUUGCCCUCUUUGCUUCCAUCUUCCAGCUCUACUUCGGGAUCUUCGUGGUGGUCCACUGGUGCGCCAUGGCUUUCUGGAUCAUCCAUGGCGGGACAGACUUCUGCAUGUCCAAGUGGGAGGAGAUCCUCUUCAACAUGGUGGUAGGGAUUGUGUACAUUUUCUGCUGGUUUAACGUCAAGGAAGGGCGGACUCGAUAUCGAAUGUUUGCGUAUUAUACGAUAGUCUUGACUGAGAAUGCUGCCUUGACGUUCCUUUGGUAUUUUUACAGAAACCCGGAGACCACUGACUCCUAUGCGGUGCCAGCACUGUGUUGUGUCUUUAUCAGCUUUGUGGCUGGGAUCGCACUGAUGCUCUUAUAUUAUGGUGUGCUGCAUCCCAUGGGGCCACGAGCUAAGAUCUUUGCCAGCUCCUGUUGUGCCGAGCUGCUCUGGGGCAUCCCUUUGCCCCCCGAUGUUGAGCCCAUGGCGCCUCAGACCCCUGGGUACCGGGGGACCCAGGUCACGCCUACCAGAGCCGUCACGGAACAACAGGAGGAUCUCACGGCUGACACUUGCUUGCCCGUUUUCCAAGUGAGACCCAUGGGGCCCUCUACCCCGUCGGGGCGUCCUUACCACCCAGAAGGGCCCCUCAUUAAGAUUGACAUGCCAAGGAAGAGAUACCCAGCUUGGGACGCUCAUUUUGUAGACAGGAGGUUGAGAAGGACUAUUAACAUCCUGCAGUAUGUCACGCCCACUGCGGUAGGCAUUCGCUAUCGAGACGGACCACUCCUUUAUGAGCUGCUACAGUAUGAGUCUUCACUCUGAGAGCAUUUUGACCCAAGUUGAGAAGGGGACCUUAAGUUUGGUUUGCGGUAAACACCGCCUGCAAGAAAUAUAACCCUCCCUUCCCCCAGUACACAGAUCCACGACCACCACCACCACCACCACUAACACCACCAACGCUACAAAAAAAAAAAA